GUGAAGUUUGUGAAGCAAAAAAAUGUAUUGUUGGAGACAGAGUGGGUAAACUUGCUUGCAAGUGGUAUUACAGCGAUACCUUCACAGAUCCCACGUCGCAUCUGUUCUUUUUUAGUUACAGGCUUACCGCCACUGCUCCUCUUUCUCUCUCUACAUUUGCAGUCCGUUUCUCUCUCUUCUCUCUGUUUAUAUACAUUUGUUCGUCUUCCCAUGGAACCUGACAAACGGCCGUUAUUUUCACCACCAUGACUCUCUCUUUCUCUCUCUAAAUCUCUCUUUAUCUAUCUCUACUUGUGAAAUGCAACUCACCUGAGCUGCUUAUUCACACAUCAGUUUUGAUUCUCUCUGCUCGCCAACUGUUACUGUGAAGAAGACGAGUUUCAUCUCAUAUCUCAGAUCUCUCAAUUUAUCUGUGAUUAUUCAUCGAAAUCGAUUUUCGGAUCCGAUCGCGCUCUCACAUCAUCAUCUUCAUCACUAUCACCGGUUGAUUUCGUUCUGUGUAUUGAAAUUUGAUGCUCUGUAGAAACUACAAUCUCAGAAAUUAAUUACACAUAUAUAUAUGUAUAGAGAGAUGUUGGAUCUUAAUGUUGAUGUAGUCUUUGUUGAUUCUACUUACGAUGAAAGCGAGACGACUAACACUGUCCAGAAGCUUCCGGAAGGCGUCGGAGCUCAAGUGGACGAUUCCGGUACUCCGAAUUCCUCCGUCGUCAACACCGAUGAAGCUUCGAACAUUGCCGGAGACGAAGACUCGAGUUCUACUCACAGCAAGGUCUCGAACGCCUUAUGUGCUUUCAAUUUCGAUAUCUGCAAUAAAGGCGAAGAGAGAUUCGAUAACAUUAUCAAAAUCAAUGCCGACUGCAAUGAAAAUUCGGACUCCGCGUUGGUCACAAUGCAACUUUUUCCGUUGUCUGCGAACGGAGGAGUUGGUGAUUCGGAGAAGUUCGUGGCUGGAUCGUCGCCGUGGGCAACAUCUUUGUUGCGGCCGCAGUGGUUGAAUCUCUCGUUUCCGGAAUCAGGUGCGGCGGCAGAGUUGAAAACCUAUCAGCAACCGAAGCAGCAGCAGCCUCAGGUGAGGAAGAGUCGGCGGGGACCAAGGUCUCGGAGCUCGCAGUACCGCGGAGUUACGUUUUAUCGGAGGACUGGACGAUGGGAAUCACAUAUCUGGGAUUGUGGGAAACAAGUGUAUUUGGGUGGAUUUGACACUGCUCAUGUGGCAGCUAGAGCAUAUGAUAGAGCUGCCAUCAAGUUUCGGGGAGCUGAUGCUGAUAUCAAUUUCAAUAUAAGUGAUUAUGAAGAAGAUAUUAAACAAAUGAAAGACCUGACAAAAGAAGAAUUUGUGCACAUACUUCGUCGUCAUAGUACUGGAUUCUCUCGGGGGAGCUCGAAAUACAGAGGAGUGACCUUGCACAAAUGUGGUCGAUGGGAAGCUCGAAUGGGUCAAUUCCUUGGAAAGAAGUAUAUGUAUCUCGGAUUAUUCGACAGCGAAAUAGAAGCUGCAAGGGCUUAUGAUAAAGCAGCCAUCAAAUCUAUUGGAAGGGAAGCAGUCACCAACUUUGAGCCAAGUACCUAUAAAGGGGAGAUAAUGGAUGCCAAUAAUACAGGCAAUGGCCACAAUCUUGAUCUGGACCUCUGGAUUUCACCCCCUUCAGCUGGUUCCAAAGGGAAUGACAACAUCAGGGAUUUGCACCUUCGUUGUGCUGCUUUUGAAAUGCCUGAUGUAAAAAGACCUAAGGUUGAGAACUCUGCUUCUGCCUAUAUGUGUGAACAAUCUCUCCAUGGUCUACCAAUGGCAUCCGAGCACUCUUCCAUAUUGUCUCGCAUGUAUCCCAGUUUCGCAUCAAUCAAUGAGGAAAGAGCAAUGGGAAAGAGGGCUGUAGGCAUUCAUCCACCGGGAUUCGCGAACUGGGCCUGGCAAAUGCACGGGAAUAACACGGUUUCCCCGGUGCCACUGUUCUCUAAUGCAGCAUCAUCAGGAUUCUCUUCCGCUACUGCUUUGUCGACUACCGUCCCCCAACUAAAUCCACAUGACAUGACCACCCAAAAACUCUGCAUUCCAACGCCCCCAACCGGCAGUUCUCACUUCUACAAUCACAAGAACUGAAGCAACACCAUGAAUACGUAUUCGGAAGGUCAGUUGAGCAGGAAAGAUAGACCAGUAACAGUAGUAUCCAAAUCCAUUAAUAUCCAUGAUUUUAUAAGGACAUAUAUAAUAUCAAGCAUAGAUUGAUAUAAUGCCCCCAAACUUGCCUUUGUAAAUGUCUAAAACUAUUCUUUUCUUCGGAGGCUUUUCAUGUUACCUUCUUACAUGUAAGGAGAUCAUUAGUCUACCUUGAAUUUUUAGACAAAACUAGAUAUUCCUAAAGCACAAAGAGACUGGUUUUAUCUUUUAGAAGUGUGUGUAUGAGAUAACUUUGUUUUUACUGUUUUAUGUCUUUAAAUAGUGACCGAUAGAGAGUCGUGCUUUUUUUCUUGAAAACUCCCAUUUCAUGACUGUCAAUUCGCCGGAGGUAUGACGUGUAAGUACCCCGAGUAUGAUAUAGUUUCUCGUUUUUAUAGUAAAGUAAUGAUACACUUUACGCUUGGUU